ACGUUUUACUCGUGUGAUAUAUAUUAUCUGUAAUAUCGGGAGUGCCGAAUAAAGUAUCGGGCGAUCGUUAUUAAUGUGCGAUCAUUAUUAAUGUGGUUCGAGAACAGCAGGAUGAUGUCAGCAGAAAGCGGCAUCCAUGGGGCGAUUCGGUAUUCCGGAAAAGGGAUGCAGCAGUAGCAGCAGCAAUAUCAGUAUCAGGAGCAGCGACAGCAAUCGGAUGAAACAGAACCAAAUAAACGUGGACAUAGCAUAGAAGAGACCCAAAAAGUCAUGCACAUUACCUACGGGAUUCAUAGAUAUUAGACUAGAUAGUUCAAUGUCCACAUUUUGUGCACAUAGAGGCGCUGAUGGAUGAAAACACCUAAAUGAAAACACCUAAAACAACGUGAUGACCGCUCUCUGGUUGUAGCCACCGUAAACGUGAAACGUUUGUGUUUUUUUCCGCGGAUCACAUGGCGUUGGUAAAUUACUAACUCCGUUACGCGGAUGUCGCGAAACGAUACAAUACGGAAAUCGCUCGCUGACAACCUGUCUUCGUCUACAUUUUGGGAAGCGCGAAAUUUUAAUCGUAAAAAUUGCAGUUUUCGCUGCGACAACCGCGGAAUACACGUUGCUGAAGUGCUGUACGCUGAUCAAUAGGGUAUUUGCAUAAAAUCGAUUAAUAACCAAACUGACAUAACUUCUCCCUCCCCGCGGCAUGAGUUUGUCGGAAAAAUGCCUGCCGAGUUACGUAUGCCGGAAUAAAUCAAACAACAAUAACUAAAUGUCACUGGAGUAAGUAAAAUAAAAUAAGCAGAUAUUGAUUAAAUGGUAGAAGAUACGUGAUUUAUAUCCCCGAAGAAUAAAAUGGCUGAUAAAAACAUUAAAGUGAUUCAUCAGUUUCUUCUGGAUCAUGAUUUUGGAAAUACUGCCGAAGCCUUAAUUCAAGAAGCUUCAAGAAUGGGUUUUCAAAAUUUGGAAAAUUGUAAAUUAGAAAAUGUAACAGAUCCGUAUAAUCAAUUAAUGAUAUAUUACAAUACCGGAGAUCAUUCAACAUUUUUUCAAUUGUGGAAUGGUUUGUUUUCUGAUAAUGUUAAACAAUGCGAAGAAUACAAAAAGUUAACAUUUUAUUUACACGUACAUUUUGCUGUGCUACCUAAACGUAAAUUACACACCGAUCGAUAUAAAGAACAUGAUCUAACAUCAGAAACAAGCACACUGAGAUUGUCUCCAAUAGAAGAUUGUGCUACAACAGAAAACAAUUUUGCUUUAGAAAAAUGCAAGCAGAUUGUUAAUAACAAACAGAACAAUGCCACUGAAAUCGAAAAAAAUAUAAAUGACAGUAUGAAACAAUUUCAAGAUUAUUUGAGAGGAAAUGGCAAGGAAUUAGAACAUGAUACGGAAUUACAACUGUUUUACACAUUACCGUUUAUAGAAGAUCUUUACACGGAUACUUUUUUCUCCAAAGUGUUAGAACAACAUUGGUCGGAUGAAAUGUCAAAAAAUUUAGAUUCAUUUAUUACACGUCAUAGACAAGAUUUGAUCAAUUUAGACAUUUUAGACAAUAUAAACUCCAAUAAAAUGCAAUCGCAAAAUGUAGAACGAGUUCAUACGAUCAUGCCAGCAACAGAAACACUAGCUGUGGAAUCGGAUGUUACACAAAAUAAGACUAUAAAGAAUAAUCUGCCAAUUAUGCCAAACGAUAGAGAUAUACCUAUAUUUUUAGAAGACCAUGAGGAGCAGUAUAAUUGUUCUAAUAAAAUAAGUUUAAAAUCAAAGAGUACACAAACGCCUAUUACUGGAAGUCAAAUUAUUGUCAAUAAUUCACGGGAAUAUAUAUUGAAUCCGGGAGAGAGCGUUAACAGUUUGUCGAAAAUGCACAAGUCAGAUAAAAUGCUGAUUCAAUAUCAUGACUUAGCGUUAACCAAGUCUCAUUUAUACAGUGUUCGUACAAAUUAUGAAAAACUAAAAAUGAGAUUUCACAAAUUGCAUGCAGACUAUCAUAAAUUGAUAGACGUUGCCGGGGAAUUAACAACGGCAUUGGAGAAUUCGGUGAAAGGGCAAAAUAUCGAUGUACAACGAACACUGGAGAUCUGCAUGAAAAUAUUUCCAGAUUUGUUUAAUCAAAAUAUAAGAGAGAAUACGUAUCCGUCUUUGUUACAACUUGAUCGUGUUGAUGUAAAAUCACCGCCUAAACUUAAUGUCGCAACAGUGCCGAUAUCUCCCAAAUUAUUAAAUUAUAAAAAGAUCAAGUUGCAUUUAAUUAAUGGAGACGUGAAGACAAAGUUAUUGUUAUUACAAGCAUUACGUUGGAAACUAACGCUCAUGCAACCGACAGAACAAGAUGAAGUUUUGCACGAAUAUAUAAAUCGGGAUUUGUUGGGGCUUCAUGGACAAAUUGCUACCGACGAUGGCAAGUCGAUUUUACCGUGCCUGCUGACCGCCGGUGAAGCUUACGCUAGGCAUCUCUUGCAACAAUUUAUUGCACGAUUGCUGAACACCUUAGCAUCCUUCAGAUGCGGUAGAGAUUAUCUGUCGGUCGGAUCUACUAUCGUAAAUGUGGUAUGCUUUUACUUGAAUCGGCGAUGUAACGACACCUUUGCUUGUCUUGAUAAUAAUUAUGCCGACGGAGUGGAUCCUUUCGCUUGUGACAUGAUGGUGGCCAUGUUACAGAAAUUAUCUUUACGUAGACAACAACGGAUAUAUAUGAUAGAAAGCGGACUGCUCGAAUGGUUGAUCGAUCAUUUACACCAUAAAUGUCGCAUCAUAAGUUUAUAUAGGCUCGAAUACGCUACCGCACUUUUAAUGAAUCUAUCGUUACAUCGGCUAGCACAAGCCAGAGCAUCUAAAAUAUCCUCGUUACUCGUAUCUACCUUGCUCAUCCUUCUCUCAAUAGAUCACGCAUCCUCAUUACCGUAUGUCAAUGGAGCAUUAAACAAUUUUUUGUGCAAUCCUAUAAUCAAUGAGGAGGCAAGAAAAAUUAAGCGUUCGAAUAUAUCGGAACAUCUUGGAAUAUCUAAUAAUCAGAAAACUGCGGAAAUAAGAAAGCAUCUAGAUCUUGUAUUGAGAACACAGAGAUAUGAAAAUAUUAACACACCGCAGAAUGACGAGACCGGAGAUGAUGAUAACGAAGACUUGGAUGUAUUGGAAAGUGAAUUAGACGAAAACGAUCCACUGCAAAAUUAUGUUGGUGAAUUAAACGGAGAAACAUUGCUUGCAAUGUGUUACAGCAUCUCUUCAAAAAUUUCUCAAGAGACUGUAAACACAGAUACGACUCUGCAACAAAUAUCUACGUUGAAUCCUAUCGACUUUUACGACAUUCAACAUAAUAAUCAUGUUUGUAAUAAACAUCCAUCGUAUCCUACACUAAGGAACAACAAUGAAACUGUAGAGACAUCGUCUACGAUUCUUGUGUCCGGUCACGAGAAUGGUCAAGCAGAAGCGGAAAAGUUCAGUAGUAUAGCAUCAUUGAAUAGUAAUAACCAUAACAGCAAUAUAGGUAAUGAUACUUCAUGGAAAAAUGAUUCUGAUCUUGCUAAAGAAGAAGAGGCAUUUUUGGCUAAGCCUAAAUUAUCAAGGACACCUCCAUGAACAUUGCGUCAAAAAAUUUUUGAACAUUAAAAUUAUAUUAUAUAAUUUUAAUAUAUAAAAAUUGUAAAUUUAGAUAUAUAUGUGUGCGAUAAUCAAAAUAUUUUCAUUAUACGAUGCAGUGUAUCUAAUAUAAAUAACAUACAAAUGUAAUUUUUGUCAAAAACAGAUAAAUCAAAAACAUAGUAUUUGAAAAA